CUGAGAUGUUUGGCCUUUUGUUAGUAGAGCGUCAGGAGGACCUGAGAGUGAAGCGUCUCUACUUCUGUUUAUCCAAGAACUGAUGUUUAUUUGUUUGUGUUGGUCCCUCUGAGGUGUUUUAUUUCCGACAGGUUGAGCAAAAAGCACGAGACACAAAAUGGACGACGGCGGCAAACCACCUCACGCAUUCGGCAGCGGACAGCAGCGACCGCAACACCCCCGACCGUUUUUCUACGUCCAGCCUCCGUCUCAACCUUACUUCAUGUACCAGCAGUGGCCGCUGAGCAACCCGUACAGUCACUACGGUCUUCCUGGAGGUUUUAAUUUUGGUCGUCCCUGCAUCCCGCACCCAUACCAGUACAUGCAGUACCCCGGCUUUGUCUUCCCGCACGCCCCGAUCUAUCCGAUGGAUCACAGGCGGAUGUUCGAGCCUCGCUUCCACGCCCCGACCUGGAGCGACGUGCCUCGCCAGUGUUAUCACCCGCAGCCUCAAGGGAGGCGGGAAACGGCCUGUUCUGAGGCUCAGACCGACCCGAGCGACGCCAUCACCAAACUCAUCGAGUGCUUGGACAAAAUCCGAGGCAGCGACAGAGAGCUGGACUCGGGAGUCGCCUCGCAGUCCUCGGGGAUGUUUUCUCCGGAUGAGGAGAGGAAGAGUGAGGAGCAGGGUCACGUCCUGCCUUCAGUGCCUGAUGUCCACUCGGAGUCUCCAGCCGUGACCUUCAGUGACUCCACGUUGGCGGUGUACGACGCCGAGUCCAGCCAGAGGAGCCUGGACGCCCUGAGCACCCCUGGACGCUGGUCAGGAGGAUUGGAAGAGGAGCUGCCCCUCGAUAGUUCCUCCGUUCAUGAGUGCGAACAGGAAGACCUCCUCCCUCUUGAGAAGGGAGAGGUCACGGAUAUCCAGUCAGAUACCUCCGUGACCAAUCCGAGCGUUCCCAAAUGUGGCGCCGAAAAGCUCCUACCGUCUUCCAAUCUACCGCCGACCGCAGAUAAAAAGACCGAACAGAAAUCCGAUCGAAACUUCAAGAUCCUCAAGCUGCCCUUCGAUGGCGGCUUGUGUCCUGGAGGUGCUGCAGCCAACAUGUCCUCCCCCACCAACGCCUCUGCUCCCUACUACUACAACUACCUCUCCAUGCACUCCACCCACGAGCGGCUGAGCGUCCUCAGUCCAUCUCUGGACGAGCUGUCCUCCAGAGACGAGAUGUUCUCCACAGAUCUGGACGACGCAGAUCUGUUCCCUAAACACGUGUACGCAGGCCGGAGACUGCCAGAGGUUGUGAGCGGAUCUCCUCACGCUGCCGGGGAAGUGGAGGACGUUCGGCUGCCGGGGUCAAAGAAGUUCACGUGCGCCUGCUGUGGGAAGAACCUCCCAAAAGGGUCCGGAAGGAGCAAAGUCCACAGCUCCAAGAUGUACAGGGACGAAGCCGGAGACUCCGAGGACGACGGCAGGUACGGACGAGGGUGUGAGCAGCCGAUCAGGGUGGUCGUCAAGAAGCACUCUGCACCCAGGAAGCCUCAAUCUUUCCCACCGAGACAUGCGGGAAAACCCUGGUACAAGAGAGGCCAGUACAAAGAUCAGCUGGAACCUGUCAGCAAGGAGGAAGGUCGUGAUGUUUGUAAGAAGGAGGCAGCUGACGGAGGAGGAGACGGUGGAGACGGGAUGAGCGGUGAGCUGCAGUGCAGAACGUGUCAGGACAGACUCUGCAGAGAAGAUGUGACCGCGUCGGAUCAGAGCAGGUGGGGCGACGGUGACGUGAUUCCCAGGAGACGACAAGCAGCCGCUCCGCUACGACAAGAGAUGAGCUCUCAGAGGAAGGUGAUGUACCACAGGCCGAAAGAUGAGGAUGAGGAUGAGCCACCACCAGUUCAGUGGGAGAGAGGCUCUAUGAUGAGAGGAGAACCAAGAUGUUGACGUCCCACCAGAUUGACUUGUUGAAUAAAGUGUGUUGAACUGUCCCCCUCAAGGGUGUAAUUGUUCCAGGACCAUAAGUAAUAUUGAGAGCACCAGGUGAAAUGCACUGCACAGAGAGAAAACCUCUUUAUGUUUAGAGGAAACUGGGGAAAAAAUAUAUAAAAAUAUGUAUAAAAUUUACGCAGUGACACAAAUGAAUGAUUUAUGAAUUUCACAAACUGGGCUGAGAGGUUGUGUUACAGAUGAUGGUGUCACUGUUUGGGGCCAGUCCAAUAAAAUGUUGUCAUUAUUUAAA